AUGGGUGCGCGGUGCAGCGGCGGCUGCGACGGGCGUGAGGACGGCGCCGUGGAGGCGCUGGUGCAGUGGCAGAAGGUGAGCGACUUCCUGAUCGGGGCGUCCUACAUGUCCAUCCCGCUGGAGCUGCUGCACUUCGCCACCUGCGCCGACCUCAAGCCGCUCCGGUGGGUGCUCCUCCAGUUCGGCGCCUUCAUCGUGCUCUGCGGCCUCGUCCACCUCGUCGCCGUCUUCACCUACGCCCGCCCGGACUCGCGCCGACUCCUCGUUGCCAACACCGCCGCCAAGGUGCUGGCCGCCGUCGCCGCCGUCUCCCUCCCCACCUUCAUCCCUCAGCUGCUCCGCCUCAAGACCCGCGAGGCGCUCCUCCGGGACAAGGCGCGCCAGCUGGACCGCGACGUCGACCUCGUCAGGCGCCGCGAGGAGAUCGCCGCGCGCGUCGUCCGCGCCAUCACGCAGCACAUCCGCCGCGACGGUGGAGGCGGAGCCGGAGGUGCUCUCCAGCCAGACACGCACGCCGUCCUGCGCACCGCCGUGUUCCACCUCUCCGACGCCCUCAGCCUCAGCAGCUGCGCUGUCUGGAUGCCCGCGGCGUCCAGUGAUGAUGGCCAAAGCUUGCUCCACCUCGUACAUCAGCUGCCUGAAGAUGAGCACCAAGCCCCGACGAUAACGACGAGGAAGGCCAUUCGCAUCACUGACCCGGACGUGGCCGCCGUCAUGGCCAGCAAGGACGCCAAGGUGCUGAGGCCGGGCUCGGCGCUCGGGACGACGUCUGGUCAUGGACGUGCGGCUGCCAUACGGAUGCCUAUGCUGACGGUGUCCAACUUCGUCGACGCAUCAUCCUCAGGAUCAGAUGGGCAGGGAGCUGCUAAUCACAGGGCUAGAGGAGGAGGAGGAGGAGCACGAGAGUGGAACAGGCAGGAGCUGGAGAUCGUGGAGGUUGCGACGGACCCGUUAGCCGUGGCGCUGUCGCACGCGGCGGUGCAGGAGGAGUGGCAGCUGACUCGGCACAAGCUGGCCGAGUGGCAGAGGGUCCUGGCGCAGGCCCGGCACGACGCCGCGGUGGCCACCGGGGCCAGGGACGCCGCGCAGAGCGCCAUGCGCGACGGCGUGCUGAGGCCGAUGCACUCCGUCGCGGGGCUGCUCUCGCUGAUGCAGGCGCAGCAGCAGCAGGACGGGGCCUUCCGUUGCGCCGAGCAGAGGGUCGCCGUGGAUGCCAUGGCCAGGAUCAGCGCCCUCUCCUCCACGCUGAUUGACGACGUCAUGGCGGCGCUGCUGACGCCGGCGACUGUCCGUGGUGAGCCAGAGUCGGCGGGUGCCAGCGUGAGCUUGGCGCGGAGGCCGUUCGAUCCCCGCGCGAUGGUCAAGGACGCGGCCGGCGUGGCGGGGUGCCUCGCCCGUUGCAGGGGGCUCGGCUUCUUGCAUCGGGCGGAGAUGAGCUCUCUGCCCGCGAAAUGCUGUGUGGUCGGCGACGACAGGCGCGUGUUCCACCUCCUGCUGCACAUGCUUGGCGUUCUGUUGGACCAGUGCGAAUGCCAUUGCCAUGACCUCUGCUUUGCCGUGGACACUGUUCCGGUGGAUGACCAGGAGACCAUGUCAGGCUCAGGCCUCCCUGAUUGGAUCACCCCCAACUUCUCUGGCUGCAAACUGGGUAUGUGUCAGGUUCCGAUUUGGGAUCACAAAACACUUCCGAGACAGCUUACUGCUUUCGUGCAGCCCACGGCCUCAAGAAAGAAUCAGAAGAAGGACCAGCACCAGCGUCAGCGUCAGUUCAGUUUCAGUCAGCUCCGAGACGCGGCUAAGCAUCGCUACGUGCAACAAGAUCGUGCAGAUGAUGAACGUGACGACACCAGCCGGGAGGUGACGCGGAAGCUCCUGGAGAGGCUCGGCUGCCAUGUGCUGCCGGUCCCGUCGGCCGCGCACUGCCUCAGCCUUCUACUGGGGAGCGCCACCGCUGGCGGCGAUAAUCCGUCGUUCCAGUUCCCCUACUUGCAACCGCAGGCGGUGCUUCUGGACCUCCACACACCAGCCGCAGCUAGCGUUGACGCCGCCAGUGCGAUGGAUGAUGGGUUUGAGGUCGCCCUCAGGAUCCGGGAGGUCACCGGCGACAGGUUCAGCUGGCUGCUCAUACUUGUCGCGCUGCCAUUGCCACCGAGAGCAAGCUGCAUCGACGUCCGCGACGUGUGCAAGCGGACGGGAGUGAAUGGCGUCAUCCACAAACCCAUCACGCUGCCAGCACUGGCAGCUCAGCUUCAGAGAGCUGUCCACAACGACAGCUGA